GUGCCUGGUGGGAGCUGGCGCCCUGGCCCGCCCCGGAUGUUUUGGAGGCACGGUCCCACUGGAGCCGGUGACUCUGGCACAGCCGAGUCCCAUCCAGGAGCACAUGAUGGCUUCGGAGAGAGGCCCCUGCUUCUACCAGGUGCAAAAUCCGCCGGAAGCCUUGCGAGAAGAUCCUGACCGGGAAGAGAUGCUGAUGGAGCUGAAGGAUCUGAAGGCUCUGGUUCAAGGCAAAGACGAGGAAAAGUCGGAGCAUGCCCAGAAGAUCCUUCUGGCUCAAGAGAGGUUGGCUCAGGAGCAGGAGGAGCUCCUCCGGAGGCAGAGCAGGUGCAAGGAACUGGAAGUGGAGAUGGCAAUCCAGAAGAAGGACCUGCAAAUGUCUCAGGAGUGGCAGGCCUGGCAGCAGCAGAAGCAUUCCUGCGAUCUUCAACAUCAGGCUGAGGUUCUUCAGCUGAGAUACGAGGCCAACCUCCUCAGUGAGCAGGAGACCUGGCAGCAGAUGGAGAACUCUUCCCAGAGCCUCCAAAGGCAGCAGGCGGAGCGGGCACGGGAGUGGGAGAUGCGGGACCUUGCAGCCUCCGUGGAGACGGAGCGGUUUUUGGCCACGGAGCUGCGGGCUCAGUCGCGGAGUUCGGAGACCUCGAAGCUCCGGCUGCUGCAGGAGCUGAGCGCUCGCCUGGCGGGUCGGGAGCUGGAGAUCUUCGCCCUGGAAGGCUCCGAGGAUGCCCUGGAGAAGGCGAAAGCCCAGGCUCAGGCCUUGCAGCUUCGGCUUUGCACGGAGGAGGCGCAGCUGCAGGAGGUUUGGAGCCGGGUGAAGGUGCAGGAAGAGUGGGCGCAGGACGCAGCCAAGGCGGAGCGCGUGGUGGAGGCCCGGGCGGAAGCCGAGACCUCGAAGGCGGAGGUGCGGCUCCAGGCGGCCGAGGCGCAGCUCCAGACGGAGCUCCGUGCAGCCGCAGCAUCCACGGAGGCGCUCUGCCGCGCCGAGGAGCAACGGGAGCAGGCGCAGAAGGCGCAGAGAGCCUUGCAGGAGGCCGGCGAGGAGGCUGCAGCAGAAGCUCGGGCUCGGGAGCUUGUGCUGGAGAAGCGCCUGGAAGACUUGCAGAUGCAGCUGGAGGAGCUGAAGGCUCCGGCGCCUCAGACGGUCUCUGUGCCUGAAGGCUCCGACUAUGUUGCGACAGCAGCGGACGAGCUCGACCAGGCCUUAGAGGCGGAGAUCCGGUCUUUGGGCCCCGGGUGUCUGCAAGGCCACGUUCUAAAGAGGACCGGGCCCAAGAUCUACAAGCUGGGGGAGGACCGGGUGAGAAUGCAGCUCUCGGACUCCGUCCUCACGGUGCGCGUGGGCACCAGCUGGGUGCCCCUGGCGCGAUGGGUUCGGGAGCUCCCGGCGCCGGGGGAGCAGGGCCCCGAAGAUCAGUUCCAAGCCCUGGACGCUUCCUCGCCCUUCGCCGGGGUGUACCCGCUAGGCCCCCAGCAGACGCGGAAGGAGGAGUCCUUGCCGCAGCUCGGUAGCCAGCCGCCGAAACCGGAAGCGGCCUCGACACAGGUCAAGGCGCCGCUGAUCCAGCCACCUACGCCAGACAAGCCCUUCUACAAUAGCGAAGGGGUUGAUCUGAUGAAGCUCAGCAAUGAGGAGUUGGAGAAAUAUGUUCCAUUCGAUGAGAACGGCCGUCGGACUUCCAUCGGCGCGAUCAAUCAUCCAACUGAGUGUUCUCCCUGCAUUUUUUG